GCAAUGAAAAAAUCGAGCAAAACAACUUGUCGACCGGUCAAAUAGUCGACCAAUCCAUCGCUCGACCAAACAAACGAUCGAGCAACCUUAUCGACCUCAGCAGGUCGAGCAUCUCGCAGACUCAACACUCAACAGAUCGGCCUAGUCACAGGCGC